UAUCUCGGUGUUCCGGGUAUCCUGAGGCCCGGUGUCCCGGCGCCCUGAUGCUUCUAGUCGCGCAGUGUCCUAGUGCCCAGUGUCCUGUGUCCCUGGUGUCCGGGUAUUCCGGACUGCCGGCACCCCAGUAUCCCGCUGUGUCCGCGUACCCCGGUGCCCCGCCACCCUGGUGUUCCUAGUCGCCCAGUGUUCCGUGUCCCUACUGGCCCGGAGCCUCAGCCCCGCUGUCCCUGGCCGUGUCGCAGCAGCACGGCGCAUGCGUGCCGGCAUGCUGCGCAUGCGCAUGGCGCGCCCCACGCGGAGAAGCGGUCCCGCGGAGCGCCAGCAGGGGGCGGUGCCCGAGGCCGCUGCCUGCCCUCGCGCCUUACCGCGGCCUGUCGCAACCUGCGGUGGGCGGACGCGGUGCCGGUGGCUGGGACAUGGCGUCGCGUGGGGGGGGUCGGUCUCGGAACCGGACUCCUCCUGGCAGGAAGGAAAAGACUUUUGAACAACCCUCUUCAACAAUUGUAGAAGAGCCUGAGCCUGAGCCUGAGCCUGUUCCAUAUGUUCUGCAAGGAGAGGACAUCCAGGCACUUGAAAUUAGGGCGGAGGACCUGGAGAAACUUCAUGCUCCACGCCUUGCCCAUGAUGCUGGGAGAAUUCCAGUUCGGAAGAAUUACCUUGUCCGAAAAUAUCGACCCAAGGAGGUGGCACAUCUUGUAGCACAUCCUGUUCCCCCCAAGGCACCCAGGGGACCACUGACUUUUCCUGGAUCAAGACAGUUUGAUGAUGGCUGUGAAGAGAUCCUCCCUCAUCACAUUUUGGGAAGUCUCCAGGAGUUAAGGAUGGAAGCCUUGGCCAAAAGAAACACUCAGCUAGCAGAUGCUAUUAAGGUUCCUCAUCCAGAUGUUAUUGCAGCAGCUUUAGAAGAGGAACAUGGAGGAGAGGAGAAAGAAAAGGCACAUCAGGCCCAACUAGCAGAGCACAAAGCUUUCCAGAACUGGAGCCGUCAUAUGGCAAUGAGGAAAAAGCAGGAGAAACACCUAGGAGAAAUUCUUCACAGGCCAGAGAAUGAAUUGCUGAUGAACACGUCAGACAAUUACAGGCAAAUGCAGGAAGAACGUGACCUCAUUGACCGGACUCUCCCUGCCCUGUUUCCUGGAAAGGGACAUCGAGUGGGAAGCGAGUUCUGGAGCCUUCCUGAGCAAAUUGGGGAUGAACUCACCGGGCUGACUCUGACCCUGACCCGGACAGAAUGUGGGCACCCAGAACCACUCACUCAUGUGGGGAAACCCCGAGCUGUCCAGAGGGAAACAGGUCUGAAGUCUCCAAAGAAGAUUCCUUGCCACCUAAACUGGGAUAAGAGUCUUUUCCUGAAACAUCGACGGCAGGAGCUAAAAUCUCUCCUGGAGGAGCUGGGCUUUUAUAAGCCGGAUCUGGAAGGACUGGAGGUGAUUGGGAAAGGGCAGCCUUUCACAUCUGUCUCAGCUAAGGCUUUUCUACAUACCGCCAUUUCUGAAGAGAUUGAGAUCAUCAGUGACCCCUUAGGUGACUCCUUUACUGAGGUUCCAGAAGAAGCUGAAAAUGUUCCAUCUUUAGUUUUCUGUGGCGAGCCUGCUCGUUGGAUCAAGGGCAUCACUGCUUGCAGGAAGGAAAUUGGUAUUGCUGCCCGGCUCACCUUUGAGACUCUGGCUAGUGAGAAGGCUGAAAGCUUCCUGACAGUGACCAAUGAUGGCAGAGCUUCCAUUUGGUACAACUGGAUGAGGCUUCCCCAGCAGAUCCCCUCCAGAGAAACCAAGGGGAGGAGAGUGCCCUGCUUUUACUUUGAUACCAGACCAGGUGUAAUUUUGCCUGGAGAAACUAGGAGGUUUUCUUUUAUUUUCAAGUCGGAGAGAGCAGGCAUUUUCAGUGAGCCCUGGGAAUUUAAGACACAUCCCCUGUUAUUAGGAGGAGCUCUGCUUCAGGUGACCCUUUGGGGAAUUGCUGUGUAUGAGGAUAAAUUGGCUGACUUCAGAGAGAAAUUGGAGAGUGAGCUGGCUGCUCGAGAAGGUGCUUCUAUAGUGAAAGAAAGCCUGAAUGAACUUCUUGACCAAAUUCGGACACCCGAGCGCACCCCUUCUCCUGUGGAUGCCUGUGUCACAGAGGAAGAGCUGUUCCACAGGAAAAAUCCCAAGUUGCAUUAUCAGCAUCAAGUGGUAAAGCAGCUGCAUAAACUGUGGAGACAGCACCUGGCUGUGCCUCCAGUCUUGGAGGAGGAAGUGCCCUUGGACCAGAGGAGCACUGCAGAGGACAUGGAGUACCAGGAAAGCACCUUGGAGCUUCCCUCCGUCCGGAGCAGCACCACUGAGCUCCCAUGUGGGAAGUACACAUUAGAGGACAUUCCAAGGAAAAAGUGCACUGAGGAGGAAGAAGCAGGUCCUUCAGGAUGGAACCUUUCCCUUGAGGACUUUAAACAGGCUAUAAUGUCAAUCUCCGGGGAGGAGCAGCAGGAAGAAGCACUGACCCAGCUCAGUAAGGCAGCUCUGGAGCUGUGUGUUGAACAGAGGCCAACUCAGUUAGACCUUCUGUAUCCACUCUGGUGGGUUACCUUUUCCAGGUGAAAACAUUGUGUGAUCAACAGCCUCAGCAAGCUCUCUUGCAAGUGAUGUGAUUCAGAGUGCACGUAAUUAUAGGAGGUUUAGAAGUCAUCUUUACACUCUGGUUUUUUAUAGCUUAAUUGUAGCAGCUGUCUAUGACCCAAAUACCUUUUUUUUUUUUUUUCCGGGAGGUAAGUUUAGAAUAUUAAAUGCAUGUAAUUUUGGAGAGUGUACAAGAUUAUUUCUGGCAAGACUAUUCCAGUCUGUAUUUAUGAAACCUUUGGGUAUUUUCUGUACCCUUUUGCUCAGAUAACUGUCUUCUCCCUCAUACAGUCUCUCUGUUCUUUGCUCAGGCUUUCAGACUAUAAACAUAUCAACAGCUUUGAGUUGCUUCUAAAUUAGAAGGAUGCAGGUAAACACAGAGCAGGUAGAUUUACCAAUGUGUGUCAUGUUGAAGAGCAGACCUAGUUUCACAGUAAUAUUUAUGGGUUCCUGGGAGCCUGUUGAUUUGCAAACCAUUGAGACUUCGGAGGGCUCUAAUGUGAGGAAAGCAAUUUAGCAUCCCCCUGCACAGAAACUUAGACAGUGGGUGCUGUUUUGUUCGUUUAGUUGCACAGGGCAGCUGUCAGCUAUAAGGUGCCUUCACUUCUGGGCACAGGGUCAAACAAAGUGGCAGUUGCUGCACUGUCUCCCUUCUGAUCCUGAUCAUUUUCUCAGCCUCCAGCUGUGGCGUGGAGCAGUUGAUGACUUGGUGAGUCACUCUCUGAGGCUGAGAUCCGUGCUUGGUUUGAUUAAGAAGGACAUCUAUGCAGAAGCUGUUCUAGAGGAAACAGAGGAAGUAAAGCAAGGAGGAGUAAAAAAAGGAGGAAAGGAAGACAAAAUAGCUACUAAGAAAGAAGAGAAAAAGGAUAAAGAAGGCAAAAAAAGUAGAGGGCCAUCAGGAAAGGAGAAA